AUGGUGGCUUCAUGCAGCCCACGCAACACGGAGACGGACACGGAGGCGCACCUCGCCGCCGGCUUCUGCGCCGCCACCGGCACCUACAGCAGCAGCCACCCUCCACUCGCCGCCGCCACCGCCGCUUCAUUCCCCGAGUACCUCUUCCCACGACUGCUGACAUUUCCCCUCGACCGCCCGGCCUUCGUCGACGCCACCACCGGCGCCACCCUCUCCUUCGCCGACCUGCGCGCGCGCUCCCUCAAGGUGGCCACCGCGCUCUCCGCUCUCGGCCUCCGCCGUGGCCACGUCGCGCUCCUCCUCGCGCCCACUUCGCUCCACUUCCCCGUCGUUUCCCUUGGCGUCCUCGCCCUCGGCGCCGUGCUCUCCACCGCCAACCCGCUCCUCACACCCCACGAGCUCGCCGACCAGGCCCGCGACUCGGAGCCCUUCCUCGUGCUCACCACCGCCGAGCUGGCCCCCAAGCUGAGCUCCCUGACCGCCUCGCCGGUCGUCGUCCUCAUCGACGAGCUCCUCACCGGCAUCGACGGUCACGACACGUGGGCGUACACGUCCGAUGAUAUCAGCCGCGACGACCCGGCGUUGCUCUUCUACUCGUCGGGCACGACGGGGAGGAGCAAGGGCGUGGUCAGCACACACGGCAACGUCAUCGCCGCGGCCGCGUUCCUCCGGCGCGUCUGGCGCCGUGGCGACGGCGACGACGACGACGGCGUGGACGUGUACGGGUGCGUGCUGCCCAUGUUCCACAUGUUCGGCUUCUCGGCGUUCGUUCUCGGCACCCCGGCAAUAGGCGCGACGGCGGUGCUGGUUCCGGGCAGGUUCUCGGUGGACAGGCUGAUGGCAGCAAUGGAGGAGCACAGGGUCACCAGGCUUCUGGCGGUGCCGCCCAUGGUCGUUCAGAUGGCGAAGGUCGCCGCCGGAGAGCCAUCGUCGACAUCAACGCGACGCCUGUGCCUGAGGGAGGUCGUGUCUUCCGGGGCGCCGUUGCAGCGUGAGCACAUGGCGCGCUUCCGUAGCUGCUUCCCGCGGGUGAACAUUGUUCAGUGCUACGGGCUAACUGAGUCGACGGGGAUCGUCACCAUGUGCGACCUCCCGCAGUUGCUGCACGAGCACGGCAACGACGACGGCGUCGAGUGCUCCAACGAGCCGCCGACCAUCUCCAUCGGACGCCUGGUCCCGAGCACGGAGGCAAGGAUCGUGGAUGUGGAGUCCAGGGAGGCCCUCCCGCCGAACCACGUCGGCGAGCUGUGGAUCCGAGGCCCCUCCGUGAUGCAGGGCUACCUGCGCAGCAAGGAAGCCACGGCCGCAGCUCUGGUCACCACAGACGCAGAAGACGGCGGCGGCCGGUGGCUGCGCACCGGCGACCUCUGCUACUUCGACUCCGGUGGCCUCAUCCACGUGGUGGACCGGAUCAAGGAACUCAUCAAGUACAAGGCCUACCAGGUCGCGCCGGCCGAGCUCGAGGACGUCCUCGCCGUCCACCCAGACAUCCACGACGCCGCUGUCGCACCGUAUCCUGACGAGGAGGCCGGCGAGAUCCCAGUGGCGCUCGUGGUCAAGAAACCAGGGAGCAAACGCUUGCAGGCACAGGACGUUCUCUCCUUCGUUCAGAGCAAAGUGGCGCCGUACAAGGAGGUCAGGAAAGUGGUGUUCGUCGACAGCAUUGCGCGGUCACCUUCCGGUAAGAUCCUCAGGGCGCAGCUCAAGUCGUUCCUGCUUGCAUGUGAAAUGCAUGGAGCAGAGCUGCAAUGUACUACUCGUGUCUAGGGUCAGCAGCCCGAACAGGAGGAA